GUGAUUUGCAGGCCGUCAUUAAUGAGUCGAAAGCUGCAAAAUUCAAAUUGCGCGAGGAACUACAUACUUUUGUUUGCACCACAACUAGCAUGGACCUUUCCACGAGCUCUCCCCGGCUCCUGCAGCAGUCAGGCCUGGCCGCCUCGGGUGCAGCAGCAGGUGUCAAUAAUCCAGAGUCCCCUCGCGGGAUCUUGAAGAGACCGGACUCAGCGCGCUCCUCGUUGGUCCAGAAUGCCGACAACAGCAGCAGUCCUAACGUGGUGGUCUUAACGGAGCGCGAGUACGAACAGUAUGCGACUUCUUCACCCCGACCGCCCUCCUCCGGCAAUCGAAGUGGGCGGGGCUCGGCCGCAGCCCCGGCACGGGAGUUGCAACCGCCGGCAACUACGCCGCUACUGCAGCAGAAGCGCCAGGCAGGACGAGAGGGGGAAAAAACGGAAAAUGAAACGGAAAAUCUUCAAGCAGGGGAACAAGGGGAAGGAACAACAUCUUCAAGAGGCAACAACAACCUGGACUACCUUUCUGCCCAGUUUGCCCAGCAGGCAGUGGAUGAUGCCGUGACGGCGCCCAGCACGACAAAUUUUGUGGAUCAAGAGAACGCCUUGAGCAGUCUAACUGCCGAGGAGAUCGGGAUUCAGAUCGUUGCAGAGGAGAGUGAAACUACUGCGAAGAAUCUACUUGAUGGCCGCCGCGCAGGGGCUGAGGAUGCAGGUGCUGGUACUUUGGAUCACGCUGAUGCAGUUCUUUUUCAUGUUUCUUUUUCACGCUGAGAAACGUUAUUCUAAUUGCAUUUGAUGUAAUAUACGGGGUCAUUUAUUUUCACCAAUCUCUCUGGAGUCACAUGUCCUCUAGCUCUAGCAUUGCACAUGGUUUCUCUAUUACUAUUUCUUUGCAGUCUGAUAAACCUUUUCCUAUAUAUCAUCACCACAGGAGUCCUCAACGGCUCGCCUCCCCCAGAGGAGCAAAAAAGCCAAAGCCAGAGCAAGCCAUCCACUAUGAGGAACAAGAAGGUGGACCAAUUCCACAAAUUCGGCAAGCAGCUGGGCAAGACAAAAGCGAUGGAUGAGUUGAUGAAUGACGACGGAGCUGCCGGGACGGGGAAAUCGUCAUCCCGUGCGGUCAAAUCUCGGCUGAUCACGGCAAAGGAUCGCAAUUAUUUCCAGUCCGACAUGCAAGAGCAAAAGCGGGAGCGCAAGUUCGCGGUGAAGAUGUCCCCCGAGAUCCUCCAAAUGAAGAGCGAGGACGCGGAGCUCCGCUCGUGGCUCAAAUUUGAUUUAGCUUUCGGCUAUUCCGUGAAAAAAAUUAACCAUCCCCAUCCAUUUUAUUUAUGCAUCACAAACACAGAUUUUCCUAGAGCGGAGUAACAACUACGCCAACUAACUCGGGUCCCCGAGUUAGUCGCCCGGCCGGCCGAAUCCGGGCGGCCGGACGACUAACUCGGGAUUCUAAGCGCGAAAGUUUUUCGGGCGACCGAGACUGGUCGCCGCGCACGAGUUCCCUAGCCAGGUAACUCGUGGCGACCACUACCUAGUUAGCAGGCAACUCGUGCUGGCAAGGGCCGACGAUCGCGCAGUCUGUGACAGCCGGAAUUCCCUGCGCGGAUUUGUGCUUUUGUGCAUGCUAUUUGUGCGCUUGGGGUCUUUUUUGAAAGUCGACGGGGCAACGUUUUCGCUUUCUUUUCAACGCAGGCAGUGCCUGUUUUGUCACGACGAGAUUUCCCUGCCGUGAAGUUAACACUUACGAAGCGCAACAAUUUUACACGCUUUCCGACUUCUGAAGCGAGUUUUUGAAUGAAAGCACAAAAACUAUGCACAGUACAGAACCGCACGAAUUGCAUAUGUUGCCAGGACGUUUUCAAAACACACCUCUGACCGAAGUCGUCGGCCCCGGAGUCGCUAUAUAGAAAAACUUUCGCGCUUAGAGUCCCGAGUUAGUCGUCCGGCCGCCCGGAUUCGGCCGCCCGGGUGACUAACUCGGGGAGCCGAGUUAGUUUGUUGGCCUAGUUGUUACUCCGCUCCGUACAUGUUUUGCAUGACAAAUUGGAUGGGGUUGGGGAUGGUUGAUUUUCAGGGAAUAUCGGCUUUUUCGUCGUCGCGAACGCGGUCACCAUGGGCAUUGAAGCGAACAACCCGCACGUGCGAAGCAGUGACGCUGCGUUUCUGGAGGACCGCCAAACCACCUGGUGGCUGAACCAGCUGUUUCUCCUCAUCUUCAUGGUGGAACUUGCCCUCCGCUGCGUUUUCGACGGCGUGCGACAGUCCUUCCGGAAAGGGUGGGUGCAGUUCGACUUCACCCUGAUCUUUAUCGGGGUGGUGGACGAGUGGAUCGUGCCCAACCUGAACCUCAACGCAGAUCUUCCGUUUCUCGCCAUUUUGCGGAUUUUGAGGCUACUGCGGCUGGUCCGCUUGGUCCGAUUGAUGGACCAAUUCAAGGAGCUGUGGCUUCUGGUUUCCUCCCUGAUAAACACGUUGGAGGCGAUGUGCUUUCUGAUGAUCUUGCUAAUCGUCGUAACCUACACAGCGAGCAUCUUCUUGGUGCAAACCGUCGGCGACUUGCAAGUCCGGAAAGACGAUGCUCUUCUUGCCGGGGGGAGUAGUAGUGGUAGCAGUGGCGGUGCAACUACUUCUAGUGGUACAACAGCAGCCUCGAGUACUUCUAGCUCAACACUUCUUUCUUCAUCCGCAGGUACUAGUGGUAACAGCAAGGACUUUUCCAACAUUGGGCGCGCCAUGUACACCCUUUUGCGGAUCUAUCGCACGAAAAAAGUGUUUCACUGUAAGGGUUUUGCAAGUUUUGCAUCACAAGUUCGUUCUACAUCACAGAGAAAAUUUGCCAUGCGAUAUUUCUAAGAGAAAACACAGCUAAAAAUCUAGUGUCUUGCAUGUGUAGCAAGACAAACACUUCUCAGAUACAGUUUCUGCAUUACAAGUUCACAGUGAAACAGUUUUUUCUUGCGAUAGGAUUGUCACUCUCGACGACUGGGUCUCGACGAUAAAAGGCGUCAUAUCCUGAGUGAAAACGUCCCCACCCCAGAGUUGUCAUGCAGAAUUGCAAGGACAGGAACAUUUGCAACGCGCAUCCCCAAGAGAGGCAUUUUCAAUCGUAUAUUGGCAUUUGUAAUGCUGCAAACAGGAUCAGGGGACGGCUUUGUCAUGCGGGGGUUGUGCUUGCUAACCAGCACUACAAUACAGCGAGAAACUUGUCAUACGUGAUUCCCAAAACUUCUGGAUUUGUGUUGCAGAGAUUCCAACUUGACUAUGGGGUGGGGACGUUUUUCCUCAGGAUACGUCACCGAGCCAGCAGUCAGUUGGAACAGCACUGCUUUGCUGGAGCUACGCGAGUUGCAGGGCGCAGAUGUUGGCGAGGUGAUCUUCAUGCCUGGUUCGCAGCAAGUAGAAGAACAACAAUCGGACUACAACAACUACAUGAACCUGCGCUCACUCGAAACGACCGACGAAGAGCUUUACCCGGGGUACCCCGCGAUGCUGGUGUUUUUCUUCCUCUUUACGCUCGUCACGUCGCUGGGGAUCAUGAACUUACUGGUCGGCCGCGUGGUGCAGACCAUUCACGAAGCGUCGGACAAGCAGGAGCAUAUGACCUGCUCAAACGUUACAAUCUCAAACGUUACAAUAGAAUCUGGAAUUUUGUGUUGCAUGAUGAGCAUGACAGACUCGCACAGCGUUCCACUUUUUGCAAUACAAAGUUCGCCAGAUGGUAGUGGGGUUCGGGGCUCCGGAACGUGUCAUGCGCAAUCCUAUGAGAGUGAGUUGGCUAGAUCAUGCACUCUUGCGUCACAGAUUUCCAUACUCUAUUGUAACGUUUGAGAUUGUAACACCUGAGCAGGUUAUAGAGCACGUGACCCACUUCGAGAAACUGGCGGCUUUGUCGGACUCCCUGGCCUACGUGCGGACGUUAUCCUAGAGAAAAAAGCCGGCAGGGCAGAUUUGUAAUGCAAAAAUGAAUGCACAGAAAAACUUGUCAUGGACGGCCCCAUAGCAUGCUGCUUCGGAUAUGCAAUGCAGAUCUUUCUGUGUAUAUAUUUUUGCAUUACAACCAAGUUAAGUAUGCCCUGCCAGCUUUUUUCUCUGGGAUAGACGUGGCUCCAGGCGAACGCGAUGAAGGAGGACAUUCACCACAUCCUGAAGACCGUAUCAAAUGCGAGAUCUGUCAUGCUAGUCUGGCAUGACACGGAGCUCUGUAUUGCGUGGCCAGCAAGAGGCUCCUCUUGUCUGUCAUGCAAAAACGCUGUCUGUCUCUGUCAUGCGGAAUAUUCCGCAACACGGAGCCACGGAAAAGUCUGUCAUGCUUGGCAGUGCAUUAAUGCAGUGCGCUUUCUAUUCACUGACAUGCAUCACAACUUUCUAGACCUCCAGCCUGACAUUUUUGCAAUGCAUAGACCGACGCCGGUUACAACGCGUACAAGGCGGGGGAGGCCUCCGUCGCGCCGAGUUUCGUUACCGCCGCGAAGAAGAAGCGCCUGGUUGCGCGGCAGAAAAUCUCGGGCAGCGACGCGGACGGCGCGGGGGCCCGGAGUUUACCAUCCACGUCAGGUGGCGCCAAGAAGGACAGACCCGAAGGAGGCGGAGAAGAAGUGAACUAUGCAUUGCAAAAGUAUCGCACUCUUAGUAAUGGCAGUCAUGCAAUACAAAUCUCUUUCUUAAGGUCAAUCCACAAUACAAAUUCCAUUUGUCAUUCGUGGAAUAUUUCUGAUGCGAUUUCCACCAGUAAGAUACUUGUGCAAUGCAUAUGAGCUACGACGUCACAAAAGCCCUCGCAAUGGAAGGGGACCACUUUCUCGCAGAAGAAGGGAGUCGUGCCGCAACUACAAAUGGCGCCCCCGCGGCUAGUACAGAUGGUGACGCACCAACAGUGGGUCAGCUGGAGGGGCAGCAAGGAGCAGCAGCUUCGUUGCAACAAGCUGGAGAAGAAGAUCCAGCAACCGGUGGCGCCGCGGCAACUACUUCCGACGCCGUGAGGAUCGAGGUGGUCGAAGACGAGAACAAAAAUGCCGGGACAACAGACGAUGCCACAGCAGGUGCUGCAAAGAAACCCCUCACCAAAAUGCCCACCGCAGCGUUAGGAUUCGCGGGUAAACUAAAGCGUGGCCUGUCAGCGAGCAAAGUAGUGGCGGCGGUACAACCUCCCGGAGGUGCAGGAGCCGCGGGCGGCGUUGCGGGGAAAAUGAAGCAAUCGUUGAUGCGGCGCUCGGAGUCCAUGAUGACCAAUUUUCGGGGCAGUGAGAGGGAGAAGAAAAAGAAGGAGGAGGAUGUGGAGGACGAUAACAUCGUCACCUACGUUACGCUAUGCAUUGCAAAAGUAUAAUCGUACUCGUAUAAAUUGCAUUACAAAUUUCCUCAGCAAUAAAAUUUGUAAUGCUGAUUUAGCUUAAGAAAAAGACUUGUAACGCAUGACUGCAAUACGAGUACGAUGCUUUUGCAGUGGAUACACACUCGCAAUUCUAGGCCGCCUGUACGAAGACCCCACCGCAAAGAAGCUGUUCGACCGGUGCGGAUUAUCCUGAGUAAAAACGUCCCCACCCCAAAGUUGUCAUGCAGACUUGCGACUACAGGAAGAUUUGAAUUUGUAAUGCGCAUCUCCAUAAGUAGAGGCAUGAUUUCCAGUCGCGUUUUGGACUUUGUAAUGCUGUAAACAGGAUAAGCAGAUGGAUUUGUAAUGCGGUUGUCCUUGCUAACAUAAACAUGCACUACACUACGGACUGCAACUUGUCACGCGUCGCUCCCAAAACUUGUGGAUUUGUGUUGCGAGCUAAGUUCCCAAUGGGAUGGGGACGUUUUUACAUAUGAUACGGGUUGCAGUUUCGCAAUUUGAUCGAGGUUUAUUCGGAGAUGCGGGAGGCCAGGCCGGGCGACAACGUGAUUCUGGCGGAUGACUACUUCGAAGCACUGCUGGCCUCGUUGGAAAAGGUAUCCCACGAAAAAAGUGUUACAGUUACACAUUUGCUGUGACUUCAGCAACACAAAUUUUCUCCGCAUGAGAGAAAAAACUUGUAAUGCAAAGAUCAUAAAGGGAAAACCAACAAAACACGUAUGAAAUGAGGGUCGCAAGCAUUUCUGGCAUGACAGAGGUUGUCUGCCACGCUGGGCUUGCAACACAAUAUGUGACACUUUUUUCGUGGGAUCAAAGGUGUCGGCGGUGAAAAUGGUGCAGAUAAACUGCUCCGUGGGGAUAUCAUAUGUAAAAGCGUCCCCACCCCAUAGUCAAGUUGGGAACUUAGCAACACAAAUGCAGAACCUUUAGGAGCCACGCACGACAAGUUACAGUCCGCAGUGUAGUGCAUGUUAGCAAGGAUAUCCGCAGCACAAAUCCAUCCGCUUAUCCUGUUUGCAGCAUUACAAACGCCACAACUCGAUUAGAAAUGCCUGGCAUGGGGAAGCGCAUUACAAGUGUUCCUGUCGUUCCAAAUCUGCAUGAGGGACGUUUUUGCACAGGAUAGGGGAAAAUCAGCGGGCACCUGGAUUUCGUUGAGAAGGACCUGUUUGAAUCCUUCAACGCGCUGCGAAUAUCCUGUGCAAAAGUAUCGUACUCGUAGUAAUUGCAAUCAUGCAUUAAAAAUUUUUUUCCAAAGGUAAAUCCGCAUGACAAAUUUUAUUUCUCAUGCUGAGGGAAGAAUUUGUCAUGCAUUUAUACGAGUGCGAUACUUUUGCACUGGAGAGCGAAAAUGCUCCUACGACAUUUGGCGUCUGAUGGGACCCUUCCAGUCUAUGUUCAAGGCAAGGGCAGAAACGAAGCCCGGAGGUGCUAGGGGCGGAGGUAAUACCGGCGAAAAUCAGCAGGACGAGGCGGCAAUCGACUUGUUUUCCAGUCCGGAUAACAGCCCGCUCAGGAACAAAGGCGGACCCGAAGCGACGAGCGCGGUUCUUGUUGCAGCGGUGGAGCAGCCCGGCGGCCACGACGCCGCUGCAGCCGCCGGGACGAGUCUCCACUCCGCCCGUAUCGGUAUCCUAUGUAAAAACUUCCCCACCCCAUAGUCAAGAUGGGGAAUCGGCUAGACAAAUCCACAAGCUUUGGCUGUUUCGCAUGACAGAUUUGGACUCGUAGCGUAGUGCUGUUUGAGCUAGCUGAGCAGCAUCACAGAUCUAGUCUACCAUGCUGAUUGGAUCAUGACAAAUUCCGAAACACGACUAGAAAAUGCUUCUCCUGGGGCUCCGCAUGAGAAACAUUCUCAGCAUGCAGAUUUGCAUUACAACUACCAGCCAUGCCCCGGCUGAUGCCGGGGCGCAAGGCUGUUGGGGCGGGGCAGGUCUAUUUGCGGAUCGGGCCACAAUGCCACAGGCCUAAUAUGCAUAAUGAAGCAUACUGGAGUCCUGCCGCCUGUUUGCGCGGCGCCAACCCGCACGACCACUUGCGCGCUUCCCGCGCCUGUGGGCGCUCUGCGCAGGGAGCAGCUGCAAAGGACGCCGGGGGCGAACAGAAGCCGCCCGGCGCGGGAGGGUGGCGCGAGAGGGUGGCGCGAGAGGGUGCGCGAGAGGGUGGCGCGAGAGGGUGCGCGAGACGGUUCGGGCCAGCUUAUGCAUGAAAAGGCUCAACGGGAUCGGCCCCCAGUAGUCAGAAAAGCAAAAAAAUCACAAAAGCCGGAAAAUUUUCGCGCUUUUAAGUUUUCGCAGGGUUUUUGCAGUUCUUGCAGCCGCUCGCUGGUGCGUUUUCUUUUUCUGGUUGUGUGUCUUGGGUUUGUGGGUUGGGCGGGAAAAGCAGGCUUGGGCGCAAGGGAUUGGAGUGGGGCCGGCAGAGGGAGCCCAUGUUGCCGGUGUGUGCUUCGGGGUGGGAGAGGGAUGUUGGGUGGGAAAGUUUUGGGUGGGCGAGUGGCCAAUUAAUUCUGCGACAAAAAAUCGCCUUUGUUGCGACAAAAAAUCUGAAAUAAUUAAAAAAGAUCGGCUUUCGGCCGUGGUUUUUUUUUCAGGAAGCACCCGAAAAAUGUCGCACCGGUGUCGCACCCGUGUCGCACUCAUGUCGCAAAGAAAGCAAUUUUUUGGCGCAAAUUUAUUCGGUGUUUUUCUUUUUUUUCGGUGACGUUGUGUUUGCCCGAACAAAAGUUGCGUGCUCGAUUUCAUGUGGCGCAGUUCUUCGAAAACCCCGGAGCCCACAGGUCCGCAGCCUGUUGACAAAGCCCCGGCGUUAUUUUAGGGCCUACAGAUUUCCUAUCGAGCGAGCCCCGGCGGAGUGGUUUGGCACAAUAGGGCGGCAGUGCAAAAAUUUUUUUUUUCGUUUUUCUUUUGGGAUUCAUGAUUUUUUUAUUUCCGGGCCCAUUGGGGCCCGAUCCCGUUGAAAAGGCCACAAAAGAAUCAGCCUGCCUCGUGCCGGGCGGAUUCGGGUUUUUCUACCCCUCUCGCAGACCCUCUUUUUGACCUCUCCCGAGAGGUGUUGCUAAUAGUCCGGCUAUACUCGCCGGUAGAGGUCUACAGAGGUGGCCGAGAGGUGGCCCAGAGGGUGCGCGAGAGGUUCGCCCUUAUUCGCGCAACCUCUCGGCACCUCUGUCCCCCUCUCGCUUACCCUCUCCCGAACCUCUCGGCCACCUCCGUCCCCCAUAGGCGCGGCUUUAGGGUGAACGGUUCGGCUGGCUAUACCCGCGCCACCUCUCGGCCACCCCCUCGAAUGACCUCCCGCGCCACCUCUCCACCUCUGUCGACCUCUUUUUGACCUCUUUUCACCUCUUUUUGACCUCUCGGCCACCUCUCUUCUAUCCUCUGUAGACCUCUUUUUUCGCAUGAAUAUAAUAGAUAGUAAUGGGGUGGGGACGUUUUUAAAUACAAUAGCCCGGUCCGGGCACUCGGGGUCCAGCAGCGCGGGGAAAAAGUCGGGUACAGGAGGAAAAUCACCGAGAAGUUCUGCUGCUGCCGAUGGGCCGUUGUAUGCACUGUAACAGAAUAUGGUUGGGUCUCGAAACUUGUGAUGCUAAAGUGUGGAUGAUGCAAACACUUCCAAAUGCAGCCACGCAUGACAACUUUCCAGAACGCUGUCACUGCAUGCGCAGUCGGCAUGAGAAACUGUGUUUUUGUAUGACAAAGGAGGCUGCGACUUUUUGUUCUCGGUCAUGCAACACAGACUGCGUUAGCGUUCACAAUUACAGGAAUGCGAGACCAGCAUUACAAGUUCGAACUUUCCACACCCGGACGUCUUUGCAUUUGAUACGCUGGAACUGAACACAACGGUUGACCGGAGUGCCUCGAGCCACAGGUUUCGCAGUGACCCGACGGCCCCGUCGAGUGUGGUUGCAGUCAAGGAGCCACGGAGACUGCGGAAAGGUUCUUUUUUUUGUGUGUUUUGAUUUUAUUGCAUUCAGGUAUGGACGAUGUGGUGCGAAGCGGCGUUUGUUGCGGUCCUCUGCAUAACAAAAGUUCAAUUGUGACGUCCUCACACAGCGAUCAAUAUAUACAUUUACAACAUUAGUCCGCCAACUGCAGAAGCCGGGCGAGACGACCGGGGACAAGCCCAACCAGGAAGCCCUGUCCCCCAGUUCCCAACACCACCAGUCCGCGCAAAAACAGCAGGCCCCGAUCGUCGCGCAAACCGACGGCGAAAUUCAGCGGGCCAAGAAGGAAAAGCAGGCGGAACAGGACGCGCUGGUGUGGGACCGCUUUGACAUUUUUUACGGGUUUUUCGUCAUUUCCAACGGCAUCGCGAUCGGGCUGAAGGCCGAUAACGUCGCGAAGGACGCCGAUACCAUGUGGACGCUCAUCGACUCCUUUUUCUACGCGGUUUUCUGUCUAGAACUGCUGCAGCGCGCGGUGCUACUGAACCAGCUGGAGAACUACAGCGACGACACCCUGCUCUUCGGCCUCUUUCCCCGCAUGGAACGCUCCGAAAUCUUCCGCUGGCUGCCCGACACGCUGAAAAACUCCAAGAAGUUUUUCCGCGACCCGUGGGUGGUAUUCGACACGAUUAUUUUGCUGCUCGGCGCGUUGGAGUAUAUCCUCCGUUGGAUGGGAGAAUCCUUCGACGGCCGCAUGGCGAGCGUGUUUCGCGUGUUUCGGCUGUUGAGGUUGAUCCGAAUCAUCCGUUUGUUCAACGCCUUGCGGGAACUCUGGCUGCUGAUGGAGGGCAUGGUCCAGGCGGUCGGGACCCUGUUCUGGGCAACCCUGAUGCUGGCGAUCAUGAUUUACGUCGGUGCGAUCAUCGUGAAAGAGUCCAUUCCGACGAACGAGCGCGGCAAUUGGAAGGGGAAAUGGGACUCCCUAUUUAAUGCGAUGUACCGGAUGCUGCAGAUCAUCAUAUGCAUUGCAAAUAUGUCUGGGUUUGGAAGAUUGCGAGAUUUGUCAUGCUAUCCUGGCACGACUCUGAACUCUGUAUUACGUGGUCGCAAAGAGCUCCUCUUGCCUGUCAUGCAAAAAACGCAGCUUUUCAUGCGGAGUACGCAACUCAGAACCAGGGAAAAACUUGUCAUGCUUGGCAGCGCAUUACAGCGCGCUCCCUAUAAUUCCCUUCCUUGCAUCACAAGUUUCCAGACAUUCUAUUUUCACUGGAUAAAUCACCUUCGACAGCGAUUACGACGUCGCGGACAGUUAUCCAAGGAAGAAACUGUGUAAGUGUAAAUCUGUGAUGCAGAACAUGCAAGAGAGUUACACCUGUCAUGCCAGACAGCCAUGCCGUCCUCUUUUCAUGUAUGUUUUCCCUUACAAACCACGCAUGACAGGUUUUCUCUGUCAUGUAGAGCAAAUUUGUAAUGCUGUCAACCAAAGAAAGUUACACUAACACAGUUUUUUUCUUGGAUAACAGCACCUGGUUCUCGCUGAUCACGGAGGUUUCCGAGGGCAAUUUGUUCGUCUUCAUUUUCCUGCUCGCUUUCGUCGUGCUCACCGCUCUGGGCUUGAUGAACCUGAUCGUCGGAGUGAUGGUGACGCAGUCCUACACCAUCGUGCAAACGGAGAAGUCGCGGUUGCGCGGCGAGGCCGUGGUCGCGGCCAAGCAGGUAUCAAACGCAAAAAUGUCUGGGUCUGGAACAAUGCGCGAUUUGUCAUGCAGCUUUUCCAUGGCCCAUGAGCUCUGGAAUGCAGGACCUAGCGUGACAGAUUCUGUGCGAUCCCUCUCAUGCCUAUCCUGCAUGACAAACUCCCUCCCGACUUGGUCAAAACUGGACGACUUUUGGUAAUCCAUCAUGCAACACAGAUUUUUGUAUGCUUCAGAUUUAGCAUGACAAGUUGCAUUCUUCCAGACCCAGACACUUUUACAUUUAUCGCAGGCGAUGCUGCAGGCGAAGUCGGUUUUCGCGUCCAACGUGGUGGUUAUCAAAUGCAAAAUAAAUGUAGUCUGGGUCUGGAAGACGAAGAGUCAUGCUGUUUUUGCAUUACACAGAAAGACUGUCAUGGAAGCCCUAGCAUAACAGAUUUCAAGACCCUUGCGCAAUGCCCAUUCCGCAUGACAAAUCCUACUUAACUUUUUGGUGACAGUAAAUGGGCGCCUUUUGCUGCCUGUGCAUGAGAAAUUUGUGUGUGUUACGAAAUUCGCAUCACAAGUUUCAACCUUCCAGACCCAGACAUAUUUGCAAGUGAUACUGGUCGAGCAGAAGCAAAAAUCCCGCAACAUGGACGAAUUCGCAAGGUCGAUUCGGGUUUCCAUGGCGCAAUUUCGGGACGUGAUGCGGAACGACGAGCAGCUGCGCUUUGCGCUGGAAAAGGGCGGCAUCACGCAUCACCGAAUCAAGCACAUCUUCCAGAAACUGAGCAACACGGCCAGCUCCAUUGCGUUGGAGAAGCAGUCGGUAUUGCUCUCGGACUUCAUCGAGGCGUGUUUGCGGUUGACCCAGGCUCUGAAUCCGGUGGACUUGGUCGCCUGCAAGGUGAAUUUCCGGGAACUCAGUUUGGAGUUGGAAAAACUGCAAAAGUCCGUGACGAAAUUCUACGCCAUAUCAAAAGGAAAAAUCCCCUUCUCCCCAUAUCGAGAAGGACCUUUGUGAUGCUGGACUUGCGUACACAAAUCAGAUUUGUCUUGCAGUGGAGGACUGCAGGCCCAUAAUAUCAAGCCGGAGUGGAGAGGUUUUGGCCUAGGCGCUCAGCAUGACAAAAGUCCACGCUGUAGGCCCAACAGCAUCACAAACCGCCCGUAUAUAUAAUGCGUGGGGGCCUUUUGGGUUUGCUUUCUUGCAAGACAGACACCAACAACUCAGCAUCGCAAACUUCCAGCAGUAUACCUUUUCCUUUUCAGUGUGGGGAGGGGGGAUUUUUCCUUACGAUACGCCAAGUCGAUUGACUUCGGCGGCAUGGAGAUCUACGGGCCGAUUAACCACGGAGGGGACGGGUACGAUGACGAAUACCGGUUGGCAAAAGAGGAACACCCGGCGUAUUUGGAUAUCGCGAAAUCAAAGGUGGAGAAGGAAAAUGACCACAUGGAGGCACAGAUCCACGGGCUGAAACAGUUAACGCAAUUGUACCUGAACAGCGACAGCAAGCAGUGUGGGGAGUUUGAAAUCGAGGAAUUUCGAAGGCAGAAAAACAUCUUGACCGUGCCAGAUUUUGGGGCGUUCAUACAGAUAACAUGA